AUGGGUCUCGGGCGCUCUGCUGAGGAGACCGGAGCCGAGCCAGGGCCGCUCUUCCGGGUUGCCUCUGCGGGACCACAGCCUCCUCCACCGUCCCCCCGUGCCACGACGAGGCCGCCAGCCGAUUUUGGAGCAUGUGAUGAAGAUAACAAAGGCUAUUUAAGCAGAGAAAAUUUUAAAGUAGCUGUAGUAAUGUUGUUUGGUUGUAAGCCCUCAAAGCUCACAGGCAAGCAUAAUUUAUUAAGUACUUUAAAGAAGGACUUCAUUCAUAUUAUUUUUCUCUUGCCUAUCCUUGAAUUAAAAGAUAGAGGGUUUUUGACUUUUGAAGACUUCAAGAAAGCCUUCAAUUCUGCUUCUCCUCAGUUAUCUAAACAUAGAAUCAUAGAAUUAUUUAGAGAAGUCGAUCAGGAUUCUGAUGGCUGCAUCAGCUUCAAAGAGUUUGAAUCUGCAAUGAAGUAUGGACAAGAUGAAGUAUCACCAGUGUACUUUGCCUAGAGAAUAUUCUCUGGUGGAAAGACAAAGUGAAAACUUCAGAUCUCAAGAUAUUUAAAAAUCAAUGAAACUUCAUUUGUUUCAGCCAGCGUUUUAAGGACUUUGACUGUAAGUGUAGCUCUGAAGAAGGGCCUUUGAAGCUUUACUGUUGACAAGUUGGGUAUAUUAAUUUACAUGUGUAUGUGUGUGUCGAAUACUUAAAAUAUUUGAAAUCUCAAUUGAUUCCCAGUCACCCUAGUUAGGAACUGCAGCUCUGUACUUUUAUUUUUAACUUAACAGAUGAAAAAGGAGCAACUAUAAUUUCCAGUUACUGAGAAAUGUAUUUGUUCACUUUUUCAACACCCUUUGUUGACAGACGAAAAUGUCUCACACGUAUAGAAACUUACUAAAUUUAUGACAGAUAAUUUUUAUUAUUUUUUAGAUUUAUUUUAUAUAUUUAUUUAUAUUUUAUUAUUUUUAUAUUUAUUA